AUGACCGCUCAACGACCCAAUAAUUCAGGUCCUAAAGAUUUGUCUUUGAGCAUUGACGCUACACCUCGAGGGGCCACUCCGGAGUCAUUGAUCACAGGUGGCGAACAAAAUCGAGAGAAAUUAGUCAACCCAUUCUUGACACCAUAUGCUUCACAACAGCCUUCAAGGACGGCGUCCUCUGCAGCUCUGGGUCAGCCUGUGGUCAAACAACGAUACUUUCAUUCCAGGCGUGUGAAGAAGGGUGAAAUUGGACGACCGUGGACCAAAGUCAAGGAUCCCAGGGAGAAAUGGGUGACAAUCAUACCUAUCAUUGGACUCCUUAUUGGGUUUGGAAUUGCUGGUUUCCUUGUCUGGGAUGGCCUUCGUACUGUCGUCAACCACAAAUACUGCCCUGUACACUUCGACGAUUUCUCGAAUGGGCUCGACUUGAACAUCUGGACAAAGGAGGCGGAGGUUGGAGGGUUCGGCAAUGGUCAAUUUGAACAAACAACCGUGACUGAUGAGAAUGUUUUUGUCAAAGACGGAAUGCUCCGUAUCAAGCCAACUCUUCAAGAUCCUGCAUUGAUUGAUUCAAACAGUGUCAUUGACCUGACUGCAGCAGGAAUCUGCUCAUCGUCGUUGUGGAGCAAUUGUGUUACGAGCACAAACGUGACCAAUGGGACUAUUGUGAAUCCUGUCAAGUCUGGUCGUAUCAACACGAAGAAAGGAGCGAAAAUCAAAUAUGGUCGCAUCGAAAUCGAGGCCAAAUUGUCUGAGGGAGACUGGCUGUGGCCCGCAAUCUGGCUCUUACCUGUCGACUCGAAAUACGGCCAAUGGCCACAGUCGGGUGAAAUUGAUAUUGUUGAGUCUCGAGGAAACAACUACACUUACCCUUCUGGAGGUAACAACAUUGUCUCGAGUGCAUUGCAUUGGGGACCCAAUGCCGCCAAUGAUGCGUGGUGGCGAACAAAUGUGAAGAGAAAAGCACUGCAUACCACAUAUGCCAAAAAGUUCCACAUAUUUGGUCUCGAAUGGUCUGAAAAGUACAUCUUCACCUACAUUGACACCAGACUUUUGCAAGUUCUGUACACCAACUUCAAGGAGCCACUCUGGGAGCGUGGGAGCUUUCCAUUAUCUGACUACAAUGGAACUCGACUGUUUGAUCCUUGGUCGCAGACUGGUAAUGCCGCCACGCCAUUCGACCAAGACUUCUAUCUGAUAUUGAAUGUCGCCGUUGGGGGAACAAACGGUUGGUUUUCAGAUGGUAAGAAAGGCAAACCAUGGGUUGAUGGAAGUCCAACGGCCAAGAAAGACUUCUGGAAAGCUCAAGACACAUGGCUACCCACAUGGAAGGACGGUGGUGAGAUGGUAAUCAAGAGCGUCAAGAUAUGGCAGCAACAAGGAUACAAUGGAUGUGAUAAAGGACAUGUUCUCUGA